AUGGCGGGAGGGAGUUCUGGGAGGAAGAUGGAUCAGACGCCCUCCUGGGCGGUGGCAACAGUCUGUGCGGUGAUCGUUAUCAUCUCGCUGCUGUGGGAGAAGGUGCUCCAUCGCAUUGGGAAGGUGAGUUUCUCCACAUUCAGAUCCUGCUGAAUGAAUGAAUGGUUAGAGCUGGGUUUCAGGAGUUUGAUACGCUUUUAGCGAUUGAAGUAUUCUUUUCUUUUUCUUUCGGGGAAUUCCUGAUUAGUUUGGUUCAUUUAAAUUUCAGUGGUUCUCUGAUAGACACAAGAAGGCGAUGGUUGAAGCUCUGGAGAAGAUCAAAGACGGUAAGAGCCACAUGUAUCAUCUCUAUCUCAUUAUCUCAUCUAACCAUCAGCAUGGGAUCUCUGGAUUUCCUUCGAAAGAUUCACUUCCUCGUUUCUCUGGUGGAUUUCAAUGGUUUCCCUUUUAUGUUCUUCCUUGUUUGGAACAACCCCACAUCAGAGGAAGUUAAUUAAAAAAAGAAAGAAAACCCUGAAGUUACAUAGGGAUGAUGGGUCACAACAAGCAGUAGAUUGGCCUCAAGUUACUCUUUUUUCUUGUUUUUGAGACUUGUGAUGAUUGAUCCAGGGACCCUGACUCUGCAUCAAGAAUGACCCGAGAUUGAAGGAAUGGAAUGGAAUGGAACAAAGAAAUAGAAGUGAAAUGAAUAAAUAUGGAAUAAAUGAAGGGAACAUGUGACUCAUGAAGCUUUCUCCUCUUGCAGAGCUGAUGAUUCUCGGGUUCAUCUCCUUGUUGCUGACGUUUGGAGGGGACCAUGCAGAUAAAAUCUGCAUACCAUUAAGUGCUGGGAACACAAUGCUGCCCUGCCCCCUCAAGGAAGACAAGGCAAACGAGAAAGGAGGCCGAAGGCUCCUGUGGGAACUCGCGGAGGACAUGGAGUCCAAGAGGAGGAUGUUGGCUGGGGCAAGUGACUCUGCAUGUUCAGAGGUAUGUGGGACCACUUUCUUUGGGAGGGUAUUUCAUGAUUUAAUGGGGAGUUAGUUCCUCGCAUGAUAGUCAACUCAAGAGGCAGCUGAUCUAAUUUAGUCCACGGUCACCUCCAUAGAUGCUUCCACUGCUCUCCUCAAAAAAUAUAUAUUUCAAUUUUUUUGUUUGUUGAGAUUAUGGGUAGUUGGGAGGAGGGGAAUUGACGGGCAGUGGCUCCCAGUCAGGUUAAGCAUCCAAAAAUGGGUUUUUUCUUUUUCUGAUUUCAAACCACCCUGAAAAUUCAGCAAAGGACGAGGAAGCCUGUCCCCUUACCCAGCUUCCUGGGCAGCUUGCAUUUCUCCAGUUGGUCGUCCCAAGAAGAUCAGUAAAGCCACGGACUAACUGUUUCACCAAUAAACCAAAAGUACCCUCCCUCUCCUCUCUCUCUGCCCAUCAAAGUGGGCGGGGUGAGGGCUUGUUUGAUCUUCUUCUCCCCAAGUUUAGAUGAGGCGCAUGUCCCAGGGUUUAUUGAUUCACUACUUUCUUCAACAGGGUAAGGUGGCCUUUAUGUCUGGAUACGCCAUCCACCAGCUGCACAUCUUCAUAUUCUUUCUGGCGAUCUUCCAUUUGCUCUACACCGCCGCGACCAUGGCUCUUGGGAGGGCAAAGGUCAGAUACUCUCAGCUGCCCCGCCAUAAAAUAUUUCCAGGAAUCUACAGUUUCCACGCCCAGAAACAAUGCUAAAUAUUCUCAUGUUUUUUUUUGUAGAUUCGCGGGUGGAAGGAGUGGGAAAAGGAGACCUCAUCGCUCGACUAUGAAUUCUCAAAUGGUAGGCUCCUGGAAUUUGGCGAAGUCCUGAUUGCCCUGUUUUACUAUCUCAUUGAUGGAACAAUGGCCCGGUCAUCCUGCAGACCCUUCAAGAUUUAGAUUUGCCCGUCAGACGUCCUUUGUGAGGCAGCACAGUAGCUUCUGGAACCGGAUUCCUUUCUUGCUCUACAUUGUGAGGAUCUCUUGUUCUUCUUUCCUUAAUGAACUUAGUGUGCUGGUUUUUUCAAUGGUGGAGAAGAGCUGCCUAAGCCUGUUUAGUUCCAUACUCUGGAUGCCAAAGGGCUGGCCCGGCCUAAUACCUAGCAUCAUUUAUAUGACCCGAACCUGGCCCGGGUCAGAGACAAAUCUCCAGGUUAAUGGGUUCUGGGGUUAGGCCCCGGCUGCCGAGGCCAGGUCUGGGCUUUCCAGGUCCCUUGAUUCCAAGCACGAGACUUCUGCAGUGAAAGGAUUUAGUCCAGCAAGAUCAAAUCUUCUACCUGUUCCUCAUGCUUUGUUUCUGGAGGGAUCAAUGUUGAUGUGUUCUGUUCUGUGACGGCUGUCUCAUUUGCAUCCCUCUUCAGGUGAGCUUCUUCCGACAGUUCUUUUGGUCUGUUCGCAAGGCGGAUUACCUCGCCAUGCGCCACAGCUUCAUCUCCGUGAGUUCCUUCAACAGUGUGAUCAAUAAACAGCUUCAUGUUUUUUACCCCCCCGCCCCCUUGUGACUGGUUCUUGCCUCACUGCCCUUGCAGACCCACUUGGCCCCGGGCACCAAGUUUCACUUUCAGAAGUACAUCAAGAGGUCUCUGGAGGACGAUUUCAUAGUGAUUGUCAGCAUAAGGUAAAUGAUAGCCAUGCUACCUUCCUCCUCUACGAACGUUGACGACCAGAGCCCAGUUUCCUUAAAUCUUAAUGAGAAAUGGAUGGUAUUUACUGCGCCUCCCUAGAGCAAGAAAGUCUUCUGAUCAGGGCUGCCGAUGGGGCUAAUAAUUUCAUAUAACUGAUACUACUCUGUAUACAAUCUUCCCAAUCCUGUACAUAUGCUGUAACGUUACUUCGUCAUCUCUGUUUCAUCGUAGCUUUUACUUCAUUUUCUCCUCACUGCUGUUCUACUCUGCCCAUCUCAUUCUAACCUGUUCUUUUCACAUCCAUGCAGUCCAAUCCUGUGGGCUUCUGUCGUGGUCUUCCUGCUCGUAAACGUCCAUGGUGAGUUACCACCAAGAAAGAUUCUAACUACGGCAAUCCUUCCUUGUGUUCCGGUGAAAUUAUCAUCGCCGGCCUGACUGAGCUUUUCCCUCCCUUUCAGGACGGCAUACCCUGUUCUGGAUGUCUCUGGUCCCACUAGUGGUAGGAGAUCUCUGGGACUGUAAUUCUCUCUGCUCAUCUGUCCUUCCAACUGUUGGGGUCCAAGCUAAUCUGAUUUUUGUGUGACUUUGCGCAGAUAAUCUUGGCAGUUGGGACAAAGCUCCAGGCUAUCAUCACGCGGAUGGCCCUCGAGAUCAAAGAGAGACACGCGGUGGUUCAGGGGAUUCCUGUGGUCAGCUCUCCGAUCGCCACUUCUGGUUCGGCAAACCUGGUCUUGUCCUAUUUCUCAUCCAUUUCACGCUUUUUCAGGUAAUCAUAGGCUCCUCCUCCCUUUGUUGUGAUCUAAAAUAUUGAACAAUGUCGAACACCACAGGAUAGAAAUUAUAUCACUAUUUAAAGGAAAUAAUCGGCCACUUUCCCACCAUUAUGAUGACCAUGAACUUGUCUGAUAAUCUGAUACCAUUGAUCUUUCUUGCAGAAUGGAUUCCAUUUGAUCUACUUUUUGUGGAUAUGGGUAAGAAUACAUUUUCCUUUAUCCCGGCACUUUGGUAUUAUUCUGAGUUAUCCGCAUCCUAUUUUCGUGGAUCUGAUGUUGCCAUUCAUCUUCUUCGGACCUGCAGUAUACGUUUGGGCUGAAUUCAUGCUUCCAUGAAAGCUUCGGGUUCGUCAUAGCAAGAGUUGUUAUCGGGUAAGGGAUACUUGAUGAUGGCACUCCAUCUUCUUCUCAAUGUCACUAAAGAAACAUUCAAAGCACUGAGGAAACACAUAAGCUUGAGAUUUACGAGGCAUCGGAUUUCUCUGGUGUCUCACCCUUAAUUGAGAAGAGAAUAAUACACAAACAAAAAAAUUAGAUCUAUUACUGCUAGCAUACACGCCUGCAUGGUGACACAUUCUCAUCAUGGUCACCGGGGUUCUCUCCAGGGUAUCAGUCCAAAUUCUGUGCAGCUACGUCACACUUCCACUCUAUGCUCUCGUCUCUCAGGUAUCCUCCUACACUGACUGCUCCUUGUUGUCCGCUGUUAGAGAAGGGAAGGGAAAUAGUCUUCUGCAUUAGGAGAUUCUGCAAGGAAAACUAGGCAUGAACGGGGGGAUGACCAGCGUGUUUCCAUCUCAGAUGGGAUCGCGAAUGAAGAGAUCCGUCUUCGAUGAGCAGACCGCCAAGGCCAUCGUAAACUGGCAGAACCUGGCAAAGAAGAGGCGUGGAGGCGGCAAGUCGUCGACUCACUCCCCUUUCCGGACUCCCACAGAGAGCCGCAAGGGGAGCCCUAGCGCCUCCCCUGCAAGGCCGCUGCAGAGAUUCAUGACCACUGGCCACGCGACGGCCAUGACCACCCUUCCUCGGCAGUACUACUCUGACAAUGAGCUCACGGACAAUGAGCCCGAGGCCCCGCUCUUCUCGCCCCAUCACACGGACUCCGCUGCGCCGGCGGAGCAGCGCCUGGAGGUGACCGAAGACCGGCGAAACCCCAUCGAUGACUUCUCGCUCAAGAAGGCCGCCGCCUCCUCCGGACAAUCACCACCGGUCUGA